UUGACCCUAUAUUAAUUUUUCUAUCAAUCUGUCGGUUACCUAGAGAGUUUCAGAAUAACAAAGAACCUAGAGUUAAAGGAAUCAAUUAUGUAGGAUGUGAACAGAGGAGGUAUGUCCCUGCAGAACACCGGGAAAAAAGUGACGCUGUGGUAAUCGGAGACGCCACGCUGGGAAGUAAACAAACCAGCCGGCGAGGGGGAGGCAAGUGGUCGAGUCUGUCAUAUUACUCUUUCUCCUCUCCAUUAAGGCCCCAGAGGCCAGCAAUGACUCCACCGUGGCUCCUCCUUGCCGUGCUUGCCUUGGUGUGGCUGAGGGCAGGGGUGCUGGGUGAUACAUCGUGGGGCGGCCUGUAUCCCCGGGAAUCGCCCUCUAGGGAGGUGCGGUCGCUGGAUGGCCUAUGGAACUUCCGCCUUGCCCCACUCCUGGACCCUGACAAGGGCUUCAGGGAGCACUGGUACAGCCAACCACUCAGCCUUACAGGGCCAGUGAUCUCCAUGGCAGUGCCCAGCAGCUACAAUGACAUCACGCAGGACAAGGCACUGAGGGACCACAUUGGCUGGGCUUGGUACGACCGCAGCUUCUACGUACCAGUGCGUUGGCAGGAGGACAAGCUGAGGGUGGUGCUACGGCUUGGCUCAGCUCACUAUAACUCCAUCGUGUAUGUGAAUGGGGUGGAGGUAGCGAAGCAUGAGGGCGGCCACUUACCCAUCAUGGCAGAGAUCAGCAGCCACCUCUCCUUCAGCCAAGAGAACUUAGUCACUGUGGCCAUCAACAACACCCUCACCCCCACCACCAUUCCUCAGGGCUCCAUCCACUUCCACAACGACCCUACCAGAUAUCCCGCGGGUUACUUCACACAGAGCUACAACUUUGACUUCACUAACUAUGCAGGCAUCCACCGUCCAGUCUUUCUAUACACCACACCCAGGAUUUACAUUGAGGACAUCCUGCUCACCACUGCUGUUGACGGGACUAGUGGCAUCAUCAACUACACCAUCACAACGGGCAGUGUUCAAAUGGGGCCACACCGUCUGGGCGACAUCGGCUGCUCCCUCAAAGUGCUGAAUCAGGAGAAGAAGUAUGUGACCAGUGCCAUCGGGUGUCGUGGAACCAUUGUGCUCUCCAACGCUUCCCUCUGGUGGCCAUACCUCAUGUCUGACAAUCCAGGUUACCAGUACACUCUUAUGGUUGCAGUGUCGAGUGCCAGCGGAGACCUGGACUUUUACCCACAGAAGGUUGGCAUUCGCUCCGUGGGUUGGAACUCCACCACUCUGACCAUCAAUGGGGUGCCCAUGUACCUUAGGGGCUGUGGCAAGCAUGAGGAUGCUGAUAUCCGAGGGAAGGGCCUGGACUACCCGCUGGUGGUGAAGGACUUUAGUUUGCUCAAGUGGUUGGGUGCAAACAGUUUCCGCACCUCCCACUAUCCCUAUGCCGAGGAGAUCAUGGACAUGGCGGACCAGGAGGGCAUCAUGGUGGUGGAUGAGUGCCCUGCUGUCGGUCUCAGUGGGUUCGGGGAGGUGCUGAUGAACAAGCACAUAUUGGUGAUGCGAGAGCUGGUGCGGCGGGACAAGAACAGACCAUCCGUUAUCAUGUGGAGUGUUGGGAAUGAGCCCCAGUCCAACCAGGAAGCUGCAGCAAAUUACUUCAGCAAUGUUACCGCCGCCACCCGCUCCUCGGACGCCACACGGCCCGUCACUUGUGUUCUCUCUUAUGACAAGAACACAGAACAUGCAGCCAGCAGUUUGGACGUGAUCCUGGUGAACCGCUACUACUCCUGGUACGGCGACACGGGCCACCUGGAGGUCAUCAAGCUGCAGACUAUCACUGAGUUUACCGAGUGGUUCGUGCUGCACAACAAACCCGUCAUGAUUUCAGAGUACGGUGCUGGUUCCAUCGCCGGUCUCCACAUGGACCCGGCCUUCACCUGGAGCGAGGAGUAUCAGGUUGAACUGAUGCUGCAGAACUUUGAGGCCUUUGACAAGCUACGCAGCCAAGGAUUCUUCGUUGGUGAGAUGAUCUGGAACUUUGCUGACUUUGCUACGCCACAAGGAAGCAAGCGAGUGGCGGGGAACAAGAAGGGAGUGUUCACACGCAACCGGCAGCCCAAGACAGCAGCACAUGUGUUGCGCUGGAGGUACCACAGCCUGGCGGGGACAACACAGCAGCUCGGCAACAGAACAGCUCUCUGGCGUCACAUCUUCUCUUGAUUUUUUUUUUUUUUUUCUUUUUUCUCAUUAUUGUAUCAGGGUUGUUAGGUGUUCCUUUCUUUUCAUAUUUCAAGACCAUUUUAUUGAUAGUUUUAAUAAUCUGUGUUUUAUGCAGAAAGGUUUGCCAAUAAGUGUGUGUGCGUGUAGACAAUAUUUUACCAUGUCUCAACUGUGAUAGUUGUGUGGCCAAACACUGCCAAGACAGUCAGGUUGUGCGAUAAACAUGAACACUUUAAUGAUACUCAUGUACAAAAUUCCAAAUUACUGGUAUUACAAUUACCAUAUCCCAGUGUUCCACACAAGUUUAUUGUCAUGGAACGGGAUUAUUGUUGUGACCAAUUUGUGCUAUAUGUAUCUGAAUGUCACUUUUUUACUAUUUCCAUCCCGUGUGUGUGUAUAUGUGUGUGUGUGUGUGUGUGUGUGUGUGUGUGUGUGUGUGUGUGUGUGUGUGUGUGCUGCACCUGUGGUUCCUUUAGGUUUUAACAAUAGUUUGUACUGUAAGAUACUCAGUGAUUGUGUUAUUGUAUGCUAUGCUCUCACUAAGACAAUAGUUUUUAUUUACUUAUAGAUUAAAUCAUUAUUUUACUUUGUUCUUGAGAGAUUUCUGAUCAAGUUGCUUAGUUUAGGCAAUAGUUUAACAUAUUGUGUUUGAGAUUGUAUCAUACUGAUGUCUUUUAUUCACUAUGAUUAAGAUUUCAUUGGUUCAACUUAAGUUAAUGUGUGGCUUUGGGACCAUGAGAAGAAUUGAAUUUUUCUGUUUUUCCAUCACACUGGGACUUGUUGCUUUGUCCAUGCAAGGCUGCAGUUCACUGAUUAUCUUACUGGAAACACUAAGCACAUUUUUCAUUCUGCUGUACUUUUGAUCCGCUGUUUACAGGAUGUGAUUGUGACUUUUAAAAUGUGCUGGCUAUAAAAGACUGCUGUGUGGUAGUCACUUGUGCUUUGAGUGACUUGUAAUGAAGUGGUUGAGAGGUGCUGACUUGUAGAAAGUAUACAGUGCCUCUAAGUUGACCCCAUUAAAGACUGCUGCUUGUUGAUUCUGAUA